UAACCCACGGAAGUACACAUUCUAUACAACGACCAUGCAGGCUACAGUACUGGACUGUUUUCCGCGGUUACAUAAACAUUGUCAUUUCUUAGGAUUUUGUGACUGCAGAAAUUAUGUACGCAAUUGCUUUAGUCAUAUCAGAACCCAUUACACAUGAUACAAUCACCCCUACCAUUUACCGCGGAAUUGAACUCCUACAUUCAUAGUUGGUGCGUGGAUCGGUUGUCUAGCUGUGGCUGCUGAAUGUGUCUGCUAGUAACUCAAAUAAAGAUUUUGUCUGAUAUUACUGAGUGAUCAUAGAAUUUGAGUAAUAAAUGCCUUAUUCGAGUAGCACGCGAUGCCACGAGCCUUAUAACUGUCGGGUAUAAAUUUAAGGUGUACAUACUAUAUAAAUGGUUCGUAACAACACGUACACCUCUCCCUUCCUUCUGCUCUGUACCACCCAUCCCCACCUCUACACCCUUUCGUUGAGUGGGAUCGCACCCGACACCUCAGGAUUUGUACAGAAUUCGCUUACAACUUAUAUUAAUAAAAAUGUGCAAGCAAUAUUUUUACAAGGAAAAAUGUAUAAGCAAGAUUAACGUGAUACUAAAAUGCAGAUGGGUUAAAUUUAUUAGUUGCAUAUACAUAGUGGUUCAAGAUCUCAGUCAAGGGACAGGGGCAUGCAUACUAGCCGGUUAUGAAUUUUUCCCCAAAGAAAUAUAUAGGAACCAUAUAUGGCCGUACUAGCUGGUUUAUUACCUAUAUGUUGUGUAGCUGACUUGCUCCAGUUGUUCCAGCAGUUGAAUGGAUACUUUAACCCUUUAGAACUCCUAUAUAGGAGGCUGGGUAAGACAUCUGUGAGGGCACCACCAUCACAAGACAGUUGGCCUUCAUAACAGUGUUAUUAACACUUUCCUUCUCUACAACUGAAAGCAAAAUGGGCAAACUGAACAUCUUUGAGAUUAGUUUCAGCAACAUCCAGGGUGUGUACUAUGCUGGUCAGAAUGUGCUGGGUCACUGUACUGUGGAGCUAAAUGAGGAAAUGGCAAUGAGAGGUAUCAGAUUAAAAUUUCAGGGCCAAGCAGAUGUUUAUUGGACAGAAACUGAAACAAGAGGAACUGGUGAUGACCAGCAGACUGUCACAGAAUCUUACUCUGCCAAAGAGAAAUAUUUUGAACAAGAGGUUCUGUUGUUUGGAAUUUGGCCAGCACAGGGAAGGGAUACAGUAAAACUUUCAGCUGGACGAACUGUUUUCCCUUUCUGCUUUGUUCUUCCUCCAAACCUUCCCUCAUCCUUUGAAGGAUCUGAUGGUCAUGUUCGAUACAGUGUUAAAGGUAUCAUUGACAAGCCCUGGAAAUUUGAUCACACAACUAAGCGACCUUUCUCCAUCAUUAGCAUCUUGGACUUGAAUGCAGACCCAAGUGCUAUGAUGCCAGUGGAUGGUUAUAACCAGAAGACCAUUUGUUGCUUGUGUUUUGCAAGUGGCCCUAUUACUGCAUCAUUUCACCUUGAACGCCGUGGUUAUGUUCCAGGGGAAGUCAUUAGACUGUUUGCAGAUAUUAGGAACAAUAGUUCACGUAAAAUAGAUAAGUCCUACAUAGAGUUGAAAAUGGUAACAGUAUAUCAUGCAACCACCAAGAGCAAGACCACUGCAAAGGAGAUUGGCAGAAUUGUUGAGGGUCCUAUUUUAGAGGGGCAAUCUUUUUCAUGGGAGGGCCAAGAGUUUGUCCUUCCACCUCUGCCUCCUUCGCAUCUUGCAGGAUGCAAAAUUAUUGACAUCAAGUACAUUUUGCAGCUGAAUGUUGACCCUUCUGGGCCUGCACUGGACCUGGAAGUUCCUCUAGAAAUCAUCAUUGGCACUAUCCCCCUGCGUCAAGUUGUACAGCAGUUUCCUCCUCGUGCUCCAUCUCCUCUUCAACCAUUAUCUGGAUUCCAUCAACCUACAAGUGGACAAUAUGCUGGUGCCAGUUCUCAGCCCUUAGAUCCCAGUGCACCAUGGGAACCUGUGAUGCCCAGCAACAUUCCCAACAUGCCGCCACCCUCAUACAGCGAAUGUGUCCUUGGGAAAGUGAAUGUGAAAGAUGAAGGUGACAGUCAGUAUACUCGUGGGGUCCUGGAGUUUGCUCCUGUGUACACUUACUACGACUGGGGUCACCAACCCACUACCAUGAGUGGGAAAUAAAUCAGCUUUGUUUAAAUCACUUGAUGUAAGUGCAUACUGAGUAUAUACUUUUCAUACGUUUAUUUAGGAUGAUGCACAAAUGAUAUAGAGAUACAAAAAUUCAUAAAAAGCCACACUGAGAUUAAUUGUGGCAUUUGAUGCCUCUGAUCAUUUCAUUUUGUUUGAACAACUGUCCUUGAGUUUUGGUGCUGGGAGAAUGGUGCUGACAUGAAUAGAAUUUUAUCUAACAUGCCACAGUUAAUGGCUGUUGUCUUCCUCUACUGCUUUAAACUAUGGCUUUCCUUGGUGAAUGGGUAGAGGGUUGUGGGUGUCUGUACUUGGUCCUGUUUUCUUCGUGUUGUGUCUGCAACCUUUGAGUUCCACCAUCAGAUCUUGUGGUCAUCUCAAUCACUGCUGACAAUUCAGUGAUCCAUCUAAUGUUUCUAGACUUGCUUCGAGCAUUAGAUACUUGUAUUGAAAUGCAGACUGGUUACUAAGCUGAAAAUAAGACAGAAGCUGUUCUCACAGGCACCGAAACUUGAUUUUCACUCACGUUUUGUUUUCAUUGCGAGAUUACAUUUUCUGACUCAUUUUGCAAUCAUUGUGUUUAUUUUGACUCACAUUUAUCUGUGAAUAUACAUAAUCUUUAAAAUACUAAUUUUUUCUUCAUCUCAGCAAGAGUUGCAAAUAUUUGAUAAAUAUGGAUAUAAUAUCAUGGAAGUGACCGACUAACAUUUUGUGUCACUUUUUCAUGUUUAGAUUUCCACAAUGUAUUUUUGCCAAUUCAACUGAUUUUAAGUUGAACUGACUUCAGAGAAUCCAUUGUUCUGUGUAGGCUUUACCACAUAGUCGACUCAGUUAUGAUACCUCACUGGGCUUCCCAUUAUAACAUAAAUUGAAUACAAAAUGGCUCACCCUGUACUUGUGAAAAUGACAGAAGACAGUAUGAUGAUGUUAUUAAUGCACGUAUUCAUGAUUGGCAUGCAUGCAAGUUUUUAAUGUGUCCACAGAUGCAUCAUUUGGGAUUGAAAGACUGCAUAUUUUUUAUGCACAUCAUUUAUUUCUAUAAUCCCUAUAUGGUAUGACAUAUUUAAGGCAUGUAGUAAUGAAAUACAUAUAAUAUAUAUAUGCACACACAAAUAAAUAAAAAUAGUUUACAUCAUAUAUUUAAGCACUGCGAUGAAUAAAUAACAUAGUAGAAUUUCUAGAGUGAGAGUGAAAAUUUGUGUCCAAUCUACAUUCAGUUGUUUAGAACCUGGUUGCAGUACAAAUGUGAUGGCACGUAUGAUUGUGCAUGUCCUAGAACCUGAGAACAUGCUUAUAUCAGAGAUGCAUGCAGCCAGAUAUUUGCAUGUCUUUAUUACAGAAAACUCUUAGUCUCUCUCCGGUGGUUUGUUUAAUUGCUAAAACUAUUAACUUCUCAUACAAUUUCCACAAUAAUUACAAUGUAGACAAUGUAAUCUCUUUAACUAUAAUCCCACAUUUUGCAUAAAUACAUACCAUGCAUAUUUAAUACAACAGUUCUUUCAUAUCCCAUGUCACUGACCGUUACAGUGGGAAGAUUUUCCACUUGCGUGACGUUGUCUCUGUGGAACUGAUAUCCUCUAUGUUUCACACAACAGAUCAUGUUUAGGUUGACAGUUUAUUCACCAUACAACUUCUCAGUGUAGGCAUGGCCUCAUGGAGGUUGAUGUCCUACUCGCAACACGACAGUGUGGGGACUCUUGGGUCGGAAGCUUUCAGGCUGUCUGACAAAUCUGUUGUUCUGGCUAUCUUCCGUCUCAGCCACACAAACAACCCCCCCCCCUCAACACCCUCCAAAAAAUAAAAACUGUACCUAGCUAAACAUCCUUCAUCUCUUUGAACAAUAAACUUCUUUAAGAAAUGUUAC